AUGAGCAACAUUUAUGAGUCAGCUGCCAAUACACUGGGAAUCUUUAACAGCCCCUGCCUGACCAAAGUUGAGCUACGUGUGGCAUGCAAAGGCAUUUCCGACAGAGAUGCCCUUUCCAAACCAGACCCCUGUGUCAUCCUCAAGAUGCAGUCCCACGGGCAGUGGUUCGAGGUUGACAGAACAGAGGUGAUUCGCACCUGCAUCAACCCAGUCUAUUCAAAACUGUUCACAGUGGACUUUUACUUCGAGGAGGUGCAGCGCCUGCGGUUUGAGGUCCAUGACAUCAGCAGCACCCACAAUGGGCUGAAGGAGGCCGACUUUCUGGGCAGCAUGGAGUGCACGCUUGGCCAGAUUGUUUCCCAGAGAAAGCUGUCCAAAUCCUUACUGAAGCACGGGAACACGGCAGGGAAAUCUUCCAUCACGGUGAUUGCUGAGGAAUUAUCUGGUAAUGAUGACUAUGUGGAACUUGCCUUCAGUGCACGGAAACUGGAUGAUAAGGAUUUCUUCAGUAAAUCUGACCCAUUUCUGGAAAUUUUUCGAAUGAAUGAUGAUGCAACUCAGCAGCUUGUGCACCGAACUGAGGUUGUGAUGAAUAACUUAAGCCCAGCCUGGAAAUCAUUCAAAGUAUCUGUAAACUCUCUAUGCAGUGGAGAUCCCGACCGCCGGCUGAAGUGCAUAGUAUGGGACUGGGACUCCAAUGGCAAACAUGACUUCAUUGGAGAAUUCACUUCAACCUUCAAGGAGAUGAGAGGAGCAAUGGAAGGCAAACAGGUGCAGUGGGAGUGUAUCAACCCCAAGUACAAAGCCAAGAAGAAGAAUUAUAAGAACUCGGGCAUUGUGAUUUUGAAUCAGUGCAAGAUUCACAAGAUGCAUUCUUUCUUGGACUACAUCAUGGGUGGCUGCCAAAUCCAGUUUACAGUAGCUAUAGAUUUCACGGCCUCAAAUGGGGACCCCAGGAACAGCUGUUCCCUGCACUACAUCCACCCCUACCAGCCCAAUGAGUACCUGAAGGCCUUGGUGGCAGUGGGAGAGAUUUGCCAAGACUAUGACAGUGACAAGAUGUUCCCAGCCUUUGGGUUCGGUGCCAGGAUACCCCCAGAGUACACGGUCUCUCAUGACUUCGCCAUCAACUUUAAUGAAGACAACCCUGAAUGUGCAGGGAUUCAAGGAGUUGUGGAAGCCUAUCAGAGCUGCCUUCCUAAACUCCAGCUCUACGGCCCCACCAACAUCGCUCCCAUCAUCCAGAAGGUGGCCAAGUCAGCAUCAGAGGAGACCAACACCAAGGAGGCGUCGCAAUACUUCAUCCUGCUGAUCCUGACUGAUGGGGUCAUCACAGACAUGGCCGACACACGGGAGGCCAUUGUCCAUGCCUCCCACCUCCCCAUGUCAGUCAUCAUCGUGGGAGUAGGCAACGCAGACUUCAGCGACAUGCAGAUGCUGGACGGUGAUGAUGGGAUUCUGAGAUCACCCAAGGGAGAGCCUGUCCUCCGUGACAUCGUCCAGUUCGUGCCCUUCAGGAACUUCAAACACGCAUCUCCAGCUGCCCUGGCAAAGAGCGUGUUGGCUGAAGUCCCAAACCAAGUCGUGGACUAUUACAAUGGCAAAGGGAUUAAGCCAAAAUGUUCAUCAGAAAUGUAUGAAUCUUCCCGGACACUGGCUCCAUGA